AUGUACACGGCUUCAGGUGAUCUCGUCUCGAUCACUGAGGACAAGGAACAGGACUUCAUUGGGGACAUGUACGUUUGCACUAGUCAACGCUCAUUCCUUGCUCCAAAGACUUACCCAUAUCAGCNNAUCGAAGUCAAUCACCAACCCUUCCCGUAUCUUGAGGUUGAGCCCAGGAGAUAUAGAUUGCGAUUCUACAACACUGCUACAAGCAGACCAUUCGACCUUCACGUGGAGCAGUCCAACGGAAAUUGGGUCGAUUUUCAGGUCAUCGCUUCGGACGCUGGCCUGUUCGGAUCCCCGGUGAACUCCAAUGACGUUACAAUCGCAAUGGGAGAACGUUACGAGGUUGUUGUCGACUUCGCAGCAUUUGCCAACCAGAACCUUACUCUGAAGAACGCGUUCAAUCUUCAGGAACAAGGAUUUGCCCAAUACGACAAUACAGAUCUCGUCAUGCGUUUUGUCGUCGGCAACAACGUGAAUGAUUGGUCAUCAAACAGCGUGCCUAGCACUCUUAGUCCAAACAUUCCUUGGCCAGCAGAUAGGGACCAGGUUGACCACGUUUUCCGCUUCCAAGUGGGUGGUGGUAUGUGUAGCAUCUUUUUGCCCACCAAUGACACCCUAUCUAAUGUAUUCUUAGACAACCAUUGGACUAUUAAUGGCGUUGAUUUCAACGACGUCAACAACCGGGUACUUGCAAAACCGCCUCAGGGAUCAACUGAGCGUUGGAGAUUGGUUUAUGCUGGUGGUCCCGGGUACCACCCUGUUCAUGUCCACCUUGUGGACUUUAAGGUCAGCCACACGUUGGUCUCAAGACGCAGAACCAAAGACUAA